AUGGCCCCUAGGACAAAUGGCAUCGGCGUGCAGGUUGAGAACACCCGCAUCUGCGUGGUGAUGGUGGGUCUUCCAGCCCGGGGAAAGAGCUUUAUCGCCCAGAAAGCGCAACGCUACCUCGCCUGGCUCUCGAUCCCCGCCGCCACCUUCAAUGUCGGCAACUACAGACGCACAGAUGCUCCCCAACCGCCGGCCGACUUCUUCGAUACCAACAACCAGGAGGGAGAGCGCAAGCGCCGCGCUGCCGCUGAGGCCGCGGUAGCCGACAUGCUCCGGUGGUUUAAGAAGGGCGGAGUCGUCGGUAUCCUCGAUGCCACCAACAGCACAAAAGAAAGGCGCAAAUGGGUACUCGACAUCAUGACGCAAAAUAACAUUGAGGUCAUCUUUGUUGAGUCCAAGUGUGACGACGAGAACAUGAUCAUGAUGAACAUUCGCGACGUCAAGACCACCAGUCCCGAUUACCAGGGCCAAGAUCCCGAAACGGCCGCUCUCGACUUCCGCAAUCGCAUACGCAACUACGAAAAGGUGUACAAGUCGCUCAACGAAGACGGCGACGAGGAGGAUUUGACCUUCCUCAAGAUUAUGAACGUGGGGAAGCAAGUCAUCAUCAACCGCAUUCGCGACUACCUCCAAAGUCGUAUUGUCUACUACCUCAUGAACCUCCACAUCCGCCCUCGAUCAGUAUGGUUGUCAAGGCACGGCGAGUCUAUGCUCAAUCUCGAAGGUCGCAUAGGUGGCGAUGCCGAGCUAUCGCACAGAGGUGAAGAGUACGCGCGGAAGCUCCCCGAGCUAGUAUUAGAAUCCGUUGGUAGCGACCGCCCCUUGACAGUAUGGACAUCGACACUAAAGCGCACCAUCGCCACGGCGCGCCACCUACCAAAACACUACAACCAGUUACAAUGGAAGGCCCUCGACGAGCUCGACGCUGGCGUUUGCGACGGCAUGACGUAUCAAGAGAUAGCGGACCUUCAUCCGGAUGACUUCCAAGCACGCGACGAAGACAAGUACAACUACCGGUAUCGUGGAGGUGAAAGCUACCGCGACGUGGUGAUCCGCCUGGAGCCCAUCAUCAUGGAGCUGGAGCGCAGCGAGGAUAUCCUCAUCAUCUCGCAUCAGGCGGUCAUUCGCUGCAUAUAUGCGUAUUUUAUGCAGAAGACGCAGGAAGAGAGUCCCUGGGUGCCCGUGCCGCUGCACACGCUGAUCAAGCUGACGCCGAGGGCAUAUGGAACCGAGGUGCAGACAUACAAGGCCAAUAUUCAGGCUGUCAGCACGUGGAGGGGCAAAGGCAGCACGGCCAAGCAUGAGGAUCCUAGUCCCGAGAAGAGUCUUUUCCAGACUCACUAG